UUACCAUAAUUUGACACAUUUUUGAUGAUUUGAUAGCAUAGUUCUUGAAACAUAGAUUAUGAUAUUUUAAAAACUAAGCAACGCACGCUUGACAUUGGAAUACAUUUCUCCUAUUUCUAUACAACAAAAUGGAAACGUGGAAAACAGUUUAUGGGGCCUCCAUCUAUUACGUCAUCACGUUAUUGUUCACUCUGACGAUUGCUGAUAUCACUCAGGAUACAAAUCAAAAAGGAGUUGUAAAUGUUGCUUCAUCAUAUAUGUUCAGGCCAAAUUUAAGAACAGCCGAAGGUGUUAACCAAUUGAGGACGCUUCGUGAUUACCGCCGGACAAUGCGAGCUAAUCUGGAGAAAUCCUUGAUCGAGCAGAUAACGUUUGACGAAAAAGGAGAUAUUCUGCCUGGACAGAAAAUUUGUCUUCCGCUAAUGAGUCAACGUUCAGUAGAUGAAAUUAAAAUUGAUGGAUUACCACACGGUACAAAAACUCAUCCGUCUCUCAAUCCUAAUUUAUUUGUUGUACGAACUGUCAGAAAUAUAAUAAAGGGUGAUUUUGAAAAACAAGUGGGAAAGAUGGUCAACGAGAAAACAACUGUUCCCCAACAUUCAAGCCAUUGGAGAGUCGACUACAGACAUGAAACGAACCAAUCUGUAGAUUUGGGAUACGAUUUCGAUUUGAACGACGAAAGUUUUACAAUCGUUGCACUCAUUCGACUCCGACCGAAGUCAGGAGAACCAAUUCGUGGAGCAAGAAUCUUAUCGAAAAGAAGCAGUGAUAACAGAGGGUGGGAGUUCGUCGUACCAAGCUACUAUGGACAGACUAUAUCUUUUUAUGCCAACAUUGUUCCGGGACAUAUUGACUAUGGAAAAUCAUCACUACCUGAAAACACUUGGACAGCAGUGGGAAUUAUUUUCGAUCGUCAUACUUACGCUGACAACGUUGCUCUCAUCACACCAUUCAUUGAUGGAUUCCCAGAUGGCCAAGGAACUUAUCUGGAAGUGUUGGGAAACUUGAGUAGUGUCGCUCCUCUUACUGUUGGACAUUGGAAGGACGAAACGGGAGCAUAUAGUCGCGGAAGACGCGACUAUAGAUUGCCUGGAUCCCCAAGAUUUAAUCCGCAUUUUCAAGGAGACAUCAGAGAUAUUUUUAUAUGGAAGAAAGCUCUCACAAAACAACAAAUGAGAAUAAAAGCAAGGCAUUUGUUGAGAGAAAUGGGACGGCGUCCAUCUCCAUGUCCGAAUGGAUAUCAAGAAUUAGAUUGUAUGUGUUACCAAGUUUACAAUGAACUGAAAACCUUUUCUGCGGCCGAAGCAAGAUGUACUCUAGGAGGUGGAACAUUAGCAAUGCCCAAAACUGGAAGAAUUCAAGAUUUUCUUGAAAUUCUUAUGCAGCAGUCUGAGAGAGUGUCUUUUUGGAUUGGUCUUGACGACAGAGGUGUCGAAAGAGAAAAAUUCUGGGCGGAUGGCACUCGUUGCCUUUAUAACCGUCGAAGGAAUGAAACUGACUAUAACAAGUUCCCAAACAGUCAGCCUGAUAAACAAUAUCAUACGGAGGAUUGUGUGGAGGAAGUCAAAAGAAAACACGAUUUUUGGUGGAAUGAUGAAAACUGCAUUAAAUUAAACGCAUUCAUAUGUGAAGUACAGAGUUCGAAACAGUCGUGUUCUGUAGGUACGCCAGACGCGCAGACACCUACGAACGCAACGAAUAUGGCGAAAUAAUAACUAAUACAUAAAACACCGAGAAACUCAACUAAUUCUGAAAAUGCAAUAACCUAAUUACCUAACUUCGGCAGUAUUUGCUGUAUCUUUUUGUGAAUAGCUUAAUUUUGUGCUAUGCUGUGUUGUGUAUGCACCCAAUAUAAAAAUGCCACGGCGUAGGCUACUUAAUUUAAGCCAUUUUUUUACCUUCGUAAUAUUUAUUUCUUUACUUUUAACCUUUUACUUUUCGUUGUGUUUUGCGUAAAUUGCAAACAUUUUAUUUUUUAUUCAUAUCAUACCACGCAAAUUGCAAUUUUCGAGUUCUUUUUUACUGCUGCAAGUGGAAAAUGAAAAAUUAAAAUAUAAACAGCCAAAGUUAAAA